AUGUCCCUCGCCAGCCUGACCACCCAGCUCAACCAACUCACGGAGACGCUCAAACAAACCAACACCCUCAUCACCAACCUCUCCAAACUCUCCUUUCAACCCGGCAGCGAACCCCUCGACGCGGAAAACACCGUCCGCAUCGAACUCGCGCAGGACAUCCACGACGCCCUCAAGCAAUUAGAAGAAGACUUUGACCUACUCAAACAAGAAUCCGAUGAUCUGAGUACCAUCUCCGCCUCCCACAAGCGAAGAGAUAGUGCAAGGGAUACCGAACGUCUCCGUUUCAGCGCGCAGGUAGCAAGGACCGGCGAGGAUCUCCGACACAGCCAUUGUAAAUUCCGCAAAGCCCAGUUAUCCGCCAAACGAGCGAGCGAGACGGCGAAGCAGAAGGAACGCGAAUUGGUAUUCGCUAGUCUCCAGACCGUCCCGGAACAAAACGCGAUAUCUUCAGACAACAACAAUACGGACAGUCCCUCUGGCCGUGGGACCCCGGACCUCUUCUCCGCCCGCUCCCGCCGCGCCCAACAGAAACAACUAAGCAAGGACGACCAACUCCUCACCGCCACCACCGACGUCACAGCCGCGUUACGCCGAACUCACAAUCUCCUGUCUACCGAACUCAGCCGCUCGCGUUUCGCCCAGGAGACUUUCGAUCAAUCGACCGCUGCCCUCUCGGAACUAGGGGAGAAGUACGUUGAUCUCGGCGGCGUGCUAGAGAAAUCCCGGGAUUUGCUGGGCACGUUACUCAGGAGUCAGAAGAGUGAUACGUGGUAUCUUGAAACCGCCUUCUAUCUCUUGGUGGCGACGAUCGGGUGGUUGUUUUUCAGACGGAUUCUCUACGGACCGUUUUUCAAAUUACCGGCUUUUGUGUGGCGGUGGGUGGUUUUUGCCGUGAGGUGGAUCGUGGUUAAACCGCUUUGGUUGUUCUUGACGGGGACGGGGAUUAUUACCACCAGUCGAGCGGCGACGAGCACGUCGUUGACGCAGACGAGUACGAGGAGGCCUUUGAUCGUGCAGCGGAGUGCGACGGCCGGCCCACCGAGUCUAGCUAUGUCUGAUCGUGAAGCCCUGGCUAGUGGUCGAGGCGUUCCAGCUGGUGCGGGAGGGAUGGGGGCGAAAGUUGGUAAGGAUGAGGAGACGGAGAGGAGGUUGAGCGAGCAGAUUGCUGCUUUGCAUGAGAGGAGUGAGAGGGAGGCGAGAGGUGAAGGGGAGGAGAAGGCGGUGAGGAGGGGUGAUGGGACAGUGUUAAGGGAAAGAGGGGAGGAGGAGCCGAAGAACCCCAAGAAGAAGACUCUCGAAGCGGAUGUCGAGGAUGCUAAGUUUGAAGAACAACAGCAACAGCAACAGCAGAAGCGGAGGGUGAAAAGGGAUGAAUUAUAG